AUGUUACCCAUCCGGCGUCAGCGUCUACUGACGUUCUGCGCGGUUGUCAUUGUCUUCCUACUGUACCGUGUCGUCCAAAACUCAUGGGACGAUGCCAACUAUAGCGGUCUCCGAGCUGUAUACGAGACAGGGCGGGAGAAACUGGAGGACAUUGAUCCGGCCGACCAGGACGACUCAACGCCGCUCGUGGAGCAUGUUAAGCCCAACCCAGCCGUGCAAGAGGAGGCGAAAUUGCCAGCGCACAUGGACGAAAACGACAAGGUCGACUAUAUCGAUUCGCACAACGAAUACGCCAAUCAGCACGGCGAGGUGGUAGAGGACGUUAGCGUGGAGAUACCCGAUCUGGAAGACAAUGGGAUAUCCUCUGGGGACCAGGCGAAGCAGAACAAGCUGAGUGAGCAAGAGAUAGAGGUCAGCGAGGAGGUUGGGCAAGGCAAUGGACAAGAUUUGACGGGCGCGAACAAGGUCCUGCAAGGAUCGCACGAUGAAGAAGGUGCAGAUUGGAAAGCAACCCCCAGCAAGACUGCGCCCGAUGACACAAGGGGAAGCGAACCCGAGGUGGAACUGGCGCAUGGUCCCGCCGUGGAUCAGGGCAAAGCGGACGACAUUCCCGAGUUCAAGAGGGUACACUGGAAGAAGCAGCCAGAGCAUUUCCCGGUGCCGUCAGAGUCUAUCACGCCCUUGCCCAGCGGCGCGCCCAAUAAGAUCCCCCAGAUUCAGUUUGAUUUCCAGCGUGAGCCCGAGGAGCAAAAGAGUACUCGCGUCAAGAGGCAGCAGCGUGUCAAGGAGGAGAUUGCCCGCAGCUGGGGUGCAUACGCCAAGCAUGCCUGGAUGCAUGACGAGCUCUCGCCUGUCACUGGCAAAUAUCGCGAUCCCUUCUGCGGAUGGGCCGCCACGCUGGUGGAUUCUCUCGAUACGCUCUGGAUCGCCGGUCUGAAGGAGGAGUUUGAUGAAGCGGUCAAGGCUGUUGCCGGCAUCGACUUCACCUGGACGCCGAAAGACGACAUUCCCGUCUUCGAGACAACCAUUCGAUACCUCGGCGGUUUGCUUGCCGCAUACGACGUCAGUGGCGGGGCCGAGGGCAACCACAAGAUCCUGCUCGAUAAGGCUGUCGAGCUGGGCGAGAUCCUCUUUGGCGUGUUUGAUACCCCUAAUCGCAUGCCUUUGCUGUACUAUCAUUGGAAGCCCGAAGACGUCGCCCAACCCCGCAUCGCCAGCACCAGGAGUGGUAUUGCUGAGCUGGGCACUUUGUCGAUGGAGUUCACACGCCUCGCACAGCUCACCAAGGAAGACAAGUACUACGAUGCGAUUGACCGCAUCACUAAUGGUCUCCUCCAGCUGUCGAAGGACGGCGUGUUGAUCCCUGGUCUCUUCCCAGAGAAUAUCGAUCUGUCAGGUUGCAAUAGAACUGCUACCACUCUGCGCGACGAGAUUAGCAAGGCAGCGCAAGCUCAACUUGCAACAGACGACGCCCGCAAGGACCCCGUGGGAUAUGUCUCCGGUGAGAAGGAGGGGGUAAACCAAGCGCUGGCCAAGGACAGCGCCAGUGUCGCUAAGCGCGAUGAACAAACCCGUACAGCAACCGACGACGAAAUCAAGCGUGCCAGCCCUCCCUUCAAAGCAGACGGCACCACCGCUGAGUGGGAUUGCGUGCCUCAGGGUCUUGUGCCCAGCGGCUAUGGCACGCAAGUGUUCCACAUGGGUGGUUCUCAGGACUCUGCUUACGAGUACUUUCCCAAGGAGUACCUUUUGCUCGGAGGCCUUGAGGACAAGUACCAAAAGCUGUACGAGGACGCCGUCAAUGCCACCAAUGAGUGGCUCAUGUUCAGGCCCAUGGCUCCUGAUGACUGGAACGUCCUCUUCCCCGCCAAGGUGACAUUGUCCCCGGACACCGCCAUCCGGGCGCAGUUCGAGGUCGCGCACUUGACCUGCUUCAUCGGCGGCAUGUACGGUCUGGGCGGCAAGAUCUUCGAGCGCGAGGCAGACGUGGAGAUGGCCAAGCAACUGACAGACGGAUGCGUCUGGGCUUACCAGCUUUUCCCCUCUGGUCUGAUGCCAGAAUCUGCAAACGUCAUACCUUGCGAGUCGCUCGACAAAUGCGAGUUCAACGAGACCAUGUGGUGGGACAUCCUUGACCCGUCCCGGGCGUGGCGCGAAGAGGAGUUGCUCCGGUGGGAGGGUGUAUCCGAAGAGAAGGCAGAGGAGGCUGCUCAUCUCCAGGCUCUGGCUGAACAAGGCGCGCCGCCAGAGUCGGCUUCUUACAAGUUAGACUCUAAGGAGGAAGCGGAAGUCGCUCGUCUGAAGGAAGCCGCCGAGCUCGAAGAUGUCAAGCCGGCUGAGAAAGCUGAGAAAAAAUCCUUCAAUGCCUUCAAGGACGAGCAGGCCGAGUUGCUCGAGCAGGCCGCUCAGGAGCACCCCGAAGAUGAAGACUCAUACCGAGGCGCGCCGCUCAAGAAGCGAGCUCCGACGCCUCCACCAGCGGACGAGGGCGAUGUGCCGGCUUCAAAGACGGUGCCCAAGGACAGCGCACCGCACCACGAGACGGAACGCAAAAAGCCCCCUUCCCACACAGAGUAUGUGCAGAAGCGCAUCAAGUCCGAGGGAUACCCCCCUGGGUUUGUUUCCAUCAAUUCGCGCAAGUACAUCCUUCGUCCCGAAGCCAUUGAGUCCGUGUGGUACAUGUACCGCAUCACCGGUGACUCGACCUGGAUGGACAAGGGGUGGAGCAUGUUCGAGGCCACCUUGACCGCCACCCGCACCACAAUGGCCAACAGUGCCGUUGGCGACGUGACGGCCCCCAGCCCUGAGCUGCUGGAUGCGAUGGAGAGUUUCUGGAUAGCCGAGACGCUCAAGUACUACUACUUGCUCUUCUCCGAGCCAGAUGUCAUUAGCCUGGAUGAGUGGGUGCUCAACACCGAGGCGCAUCCCUUUAAGCGCCCAACAUAA